CUCUUUCUCUCUCUCUCUCUCCAGAGGUUCCCGCACUUUUGCUUUGCACGCCGAUCUCGCGGCUGUGGCUAUUCUUUACCCCUCGGGACGUCAACGGAUCGGGUAGGGGAAGGAAGAGAGGCCUGGGAAAGAGAAUCCCACCGGCGACCGAUCCAAGGCAGGAAGGCGAGGCGAGUUAGGGAAGAGUGCUGGCGAUCUGGAAAGCCAUCCCGGCUCCCUUGUAAUGCGAGCUCCUCGUCCCAGAGCAGGUCAGAAGCUGAAGCCUGAAGGGUGUCCCCCAGGGCAGUGAUGUCAUCCAGAUCAAUACGACGGGGCGGGAAUUGGCCGGAGCACUUGCUCGGGAGCGGGGGUCUGUAUUGGAAUCGGUAUUCGCCUUAUCGAUUGGGCUGAUCAGCGAGAGCUAUAAAAGGAAGGGGCUCGCCCGCGGCUUCCGACACUCGCUCCCGAAGCCCCUCCAUUCCCCCGGCUGACAUCUCUUCGUCCACCCUAGCGUAGGAACCUCGCGGCGCGGUGCUUACGGUCUUUCGGCUUGGAGGGAAGCGCCCCCCCUCUCAUCCCCGUUCCCCACACCACCCCCAGCCGCACGUUCUGCUAGGAUGGGGAUGGAGGUCUGCAAAACCCGCGCCGCGCCCCUGGCUCUGCUGGGCCUUUGCUUGGCUACGGCCGUCAAGUCGGUGCCUCUGGCAGAUGCUGGACCGCACGUCUACUACGGCUGGGGGGACCCUAUCCGGUUCAGGCAUCUCUACACGGCCAGCCGGAACGGACUCUUCAGCUAUUUCCUGAGGAUCCACGAGGACGGCCGAGUAGACGGCGCCGCUACUCAGAGCCGACACAGUUUGCUGGAGAUCCGAGCAGUAGCGCUUCGCACGGUGGCCAUCAAGGGCGUGCACAGCUCUCGCUACCUGUGUAUGGACGAGGAAGGCAAGCUGCACGGGCGGCUUAUAUAUACCACAGAGAAUUGCUCAUUUGAAGAGGAGAUACGUCCAGAUGGCUACAACAUCUACAAGUCAAAGAAAUAUGGAAUCUUGGUGUCUUUAAGUAACGCCAGGCAAAGACAGCAAUACAAAGGAAAAGACUUUCUUCCCUUGUCUCAUUUCUUACCUAUGAUGAACAGUAUGCCAGUGGAAACUACAGAUUUUGGAGAAUAUAGUGAUACCAGGCAAAAUUUGGAAUCUGGUAUUUUUCACCAACCAGUUGAAACUGACAGCAUGGAUCCCUUUGGUAUCACUUCUGAAGUAUCCUUAGUACAAAGUCCUAGUUUUGGUUAGUAAUUUCUGUUUUGUUAAUUACCGGUAGAUUUUAUAGAGAUGUUAUCAAGAGGUUAGGAUUUGUUGAAGUGAUAACUUAAAACAUGACAAACAUAUACAUAUGAUUACCACCUUCAUAAAGUGAUACUAAUUCCAAAAAAGCUAUACUCAUUCACCCUCUUUUUCUCUCAUCUAUAAAAUAGUUAGAAAAGUUCUCUCUAAAUGUUUUAUUUAGGAAUGGGAAACAUUCAAAGCCUGCAGAUUUUAUUUUGCUUUGGAAGAUCUUUGGAAAGAUAAACCCAUAAAAACUUUACUGCUUCAUUACUUCCAAUUACCUCUGAGUCCCCGCUGUUCACUCAAAGAAUGGGUAAUUCCUGUUCAAUGUAUUUAAACAGAAUAGUGUUAGAAAUAAAUUAGCCACAACUAAGUAAACAAAAGGGAUUUGUACAUUUUUUACACAUGCUAGAUCACACUAUGUUUUGCAGACUGUGUUUUUUAGGAAAUUGGCUAUUAGAAGGUAAUUAUCAUAAUUAAGGUAAUAUAAACCACAACUAAUAGGAGAAAUUAAAUAAUAUCGCUGUCAUGUUUUAUUAGCAAGACAAUGUUUGUUGCUAAAUGAUAUAAAGACUUUCCAGGGAUGUGAGUUUGUUCAUGAACAAUUGCAACUGUGUGAAGAGCUAAAUUUUUGAAAAGACAAAAUUGGUUAGGCUGCUAUCUGGGAAAUCAAGGAAAAAAAUGAUGCAGCUAAAUCAUUCUGAUUUCUUUAUAGAUUGACAACAAAUGCCUAUUUUGCUUACUGAAUAAUGUUCUAAAACUAAAAUGAAAUACCAAAAAGUAAAAUUCUAUAUUCAGUUUUAAUCAUUCACUUACAGAUUGGAUAACUUUGUCCAAACUUUCUACUACAUAAUUGUUUUUUUUUCAAUGAAAGUAACAUUAAUUGUCAACAAAUAUACAUGAAUACAUUUUUCCCAACAAGUUACUUUCUUGUUGUGCUGUGACUGAAAUUCCCAGAGUUCUCAGACAUUGCCUGAUUCACCUCAAUAGCUCCAGGUUGAUGAAGGCAGGCCGAAUGGAUAAAAGCUGCCAUUUCAUAUAGGAGAUGCUUUGGAUGUAGUCCAGGCUCUUUUAAAUUCCUAAUGAAAGUGAUGCAAUAUAAUCCACAUUAAAGUUAGAAGUAGUUCCCAAAAUGUUUGUUGUACAAAUGGGCUUUCUUGGGUUUUUUCCCCCCUUGAAAAUGUUUUGCUUCUCAUCCAAAAGCUUAUUCAGAACUUUUCAAGAGGCUUCAAUGAGAAGCAAA